UUACCACACCUGACUGGUCAACAAACUAAAGGUACAAUGUAUUGGAGAAAAGAGACACAGUCUAUAUAUAGAGGUCAACUGUGACUCAGUCACUGUCAUAUGUACAAUCAAUAAGGAAUUCCAGGUGUGAUAAUAAAACCAGGAUAUCUUUAUAUCAUUGUUUAUAAAUAGUGUGUCGUAAAGAAAUUUCAAAAAAUAAAUUAAAUAAAAAGAAACUGUAGAUUUGUGAAAUGAUUUAAAUUACCUGUAUUGUGUGUAAACUACUUAGAUAACUACCUACAUGGAUUUAUGAAGUCAUGCAAUUAAUGCAUGAAGUGAAAUAUUUGAAAUUCAAAUUUUGAAAUGGAUUACAGAUUGUUAUAAAUUAAGAAAUCAUCAACAAAACAAGUAAAGGAAUCUUUGUUUACCAUUUCAAGUCAUAAAAUAUGGAGAAUAUUAUAAGAAUUGCUUCUAUGGUGAUGUUACUGUCAACAGCAGUGAUUUCUCAGUCAUGUACAUCUCCAACAACUAGAUGUGACUGUUUCCAGAAAGAUGGGAAAACCAUAAUAAACUGUAGAUAUAAAAACUUAACAGCUAUACCAACAUUUACCAUCACAAAUCAGGUGUAUGAUGAAAUAAGAUUUACUUCGUUUGAAGAAACUGGAACUUGCCAACCGUUUGCUGGUUGUAACAAUAUUCGACAGAUAGGUGCUAAUGCCUUUGCUAACUUGAAAGUAAAGAAAAUAGAUCUGUUAAACAAUCCAGUUACCUCGAUCGACAAUUAUGCAUUUGAAGGUUUAGCACCAGAAAUAGAAUCAAUAUCACUAGAAGGAGAUGGGUCAAAUGGAAUGCCUGACCAAGCUCUAGCUGCUCUUGAUGAACAACUUAAAACUCUACAUUUAGAAAACUAUGGUGAUACAUCCAUUGAGGCACCAAUUGUUUUUCCAUUCCCACAUCUAGAAUCUUUAACAAUCAAAAAAUGGAAAAACCUAAAAUCUAUCAACGCAGAUAUCUUCGGCGUAAUGAAAGAUUUGAAGGAACUCAAGUUAAUAUCAUUAAGAGACAUAACUAUUUUACCAGUCCCAGCUAUUCAAAAGUUUUUGAAUUUAACCUCAUUAGAUAUUAUGGAUAUUGGUAUAACAUCUAUAGAUGGAGAUUCUUUCACACCAAUGUCAUUACUCAAGGACAUUAAAAUACGCAACAAUAUACAUCUGAACACAAUUGAUCAAAGAACGUUUAGUGGAGUAACGGACACUGUGGAAUUCCUGGAAAUUGAUAAUAAUAAUCUAAAUAAUAAACUAAGCCUUGAAUUUCUAAGAAAUGAAAACUGGACUGUUUUAAGUCACUUAAAUAUUGGAUAUAACUUUUAUUUAAGAGAUCUUCCAAGUGAAAUAUUUAGCAAAACACCAGCUUUAGCAUAUUUACAGUGCCAAGACAUUGGACUGACAAGUAUCAACAAAGAUAUGUUUUCUGGUCUUGUAAGUCUCCAUACACUUGAUCUGGCUUAUAAUAACAUUAAAACUAUUACACCACAGACAUUCAAAAACUCUCCGUCUUUGGUUGAACUUCGACUUCAUGAUCAGCAGAGUAUUGAUUAUCUAGAUAUCCAGAAUAAUGCAUUUAGUGGAAUAGAAACAUCUUUAGAGAUGCUUAGUCUCCAAAACAACAAACUUAAUGUUUCUCAAUUCUGGAUGGAUUUAUCAACACUUACAAAUUUGUUAGUUCUUGAAGUAGACAACACUGGUAUUGAAAAUAUACCUGAUAGAGCAUUCAGGAACAAUGUGAAACUAACAAAUUUACAUAUUGCUGACAAUAAUAUUAACUCUUUAAAACAAGAGACAUUUUUUGGUCCAAGAGACACUCUGCAGACUAUCAAUAUAAAUAGAAACAAAAUACAAACUGUUGAUCAAUGUACAUUAAGUGACUUUCCAGUAAGACCUAAGCUGACUUUGGUUGGAAACCCUUUAAAUUGUAAUUGUGAUUUAGCCUGGCUGUAUGAUUGGUUUAAAUUACAGAGUAAUCAAGAAACAGUUGCCCGUCAGGAAAUAGGUCAAUGUGCAUCUCCAGUUUCAUUGACAAAUAAAUACUUUACAGAAUUUAAUAAAAAUGAAAUGUGUCCCACUGGAGCAACCAUCAGAAACUGUCCAGAUAUAUACCUGACAACAACAACAAAAACUACCACUUCAAGAACAACCACAACAACAACACCAAUUCGUACCACACCACCUCUUCCAGAAUUUGAAAUUCUUAUAAAUAAUAGAGCAUCAACUUUCAUUGAAGUAACAUGGGUAAUAAAUGACAGGACUCAUGUUACUGGUUUAAAACUGGAAAUGAUAUCAAAUUACCAAGCAACUAAAGAAGCUUACCCAGGCCUUGAUGCCAAAUCACACACAUUCUACCAAUUACGUGAGGACACUACUUUCACAUUUUGCCUUGUGCUUAAAAUUGAAAAUGAAUAUAGAGACACUCAACCAAAAUGCAAGUCAACAACAACUCUUCCACCCCUAACUGACACACCAUCUUCAACCACCACAGUGGCACCAGAGCAAAGCUCGCAGCUUGGAAUUAUUAUUGGGUCCAGUGUUGGAGGAGUGGUACUUGUUGCCCUUAUCAUAGCAAUUCUUGUUAUUCUUCUCCGCAGCAACAAACCCAAGAAACAAAAACCUUUGCCUGAACCUGUGAGCUUCUCAAUGAAAGCUGAUGUUCCUCAUGCUGGUGGUACAGCUAAACGUUUUGCUAAGAAAGCAGAGAAGGAAGGUGCAUCUCCUGAUGAUAUAAGUGUAACUGUAAUCUCAAAUGGAGAUAUCAACAAUCAAAGCAGAAUAUCUGCUGGCAGUUACCAAGCUUUAAAUGAGAAAGGAGUGGAUAGUAGACCUAUGCCGUCCUCAUACGGACAUUAUACAAAUGAUAUUGGAGAUAGACCACUACCAAAUGCUCCUAGAGGAGCCACUGGACAUGGAUAUGUUAAUUCUGGAUUUAAAAAUAGUGCAGAUCAUUUACCUGAAACUUCAAAAAAUGAUUAUAGUGAAGUUCGAUACUGACAAAAGUUAAAGUUCUAAUUGUUCUACAGGCACAGCUGAGAUUGUGAAAUCCUACAUGUGUCAUAUUCAAUCAGUGCCAAUUUGUGUUUUAAAUCUAUAUUAUGAUUUUGGGUACACAAAUUCCAAAUGUAGACACUUCAAUUUUAUCAUCCAAAGAUUUGGUGCUGCAGAGGACAAUGAAAGCUUCAAGGUAUGACAAAUGUUGGCCUUAAGUACAACAAAACAACAUAUAUUUUAUGAUAUAAAAUACAUUUUAAUUAUAAGGAUUGUAAAUUGGACACAUAUAAAUGUGAAAACAACUGCAAUAUGUAUUACAAAGUCUUGAAAACAUUUUAGAAAAGGUUAUACAUGCAAGAAAGCUUUCACAGACUUUUAAUUUUAAAUAGCAACUGCAAGUUGAUAUACUUUUAUGAAGUGAAUAUUAAAUAAUCAAAUGUAGCUGGUUAUGAUAACAUCUGUGAUACUUUUAACAUAUCAGAAAAUUAUUUUACAUAUACAAUGUAAAUAGUUUAUCAGACUGAGAAUACUAAGUCUUGUACAUAAAUGUAGAUAAAUCUUGUACAUAUCAUUUCUUACACAUUUUACAUUCCAACAAAGUUUUACACAACAUUCUGUUAUAAUUAUGAAUUGUAGCAUCAAACUGUUUAGCGUGAUAUUAUAAGAUAUAUCAAUGAGGAUAUACUUUUGAAUAUAAAUCAAAUUUUGUAAAAAUGUAAUACAGCUUUAAAAUAAAUUAAAAUCUGUCUGAAUUCAUGCGUGACAUGACACAUAAGUAAUUUUAUUUCAGAAACAGCACAUCAAGAAAUAACGCAUAUAUGUUGGUUGCCACUUGCAUAAAAUCCUUGUAUAUAUUACAUUUAGAUCUCAUAGAAACUUGUAUCAUAUAUCAUAGAACUAUUUGUAGCUGAUUUAAAAUUGUGAAUGUAAUCUGCUACCAAAGACCAAAAGUAAUUUAACAAAUAAUGAAUAAUGUAUAUUCUCCUAUGUCUAGAAAAAGAUGUAAGCUUGAAUAUGUCACAUGGUGUUAACAAAUACAGAAAUAGUCUUAGUUAGUCUUUUUUUAUCCUGGUAUUUAAGAAUGUUAAUGAGGAUUUUAAAUUAUCUUCAAUUAUUUUCUGCAACAAAAAUUUUUUGUUAACAAAUUUGAAUUGAAUAUAUUUUGAAUGACUAAAAUGCUGGUAUCAAGUAUGCCUGUCUAGGAUAUAACCUAAAAGCUAGCUUACUGUUUAACCAGAUAUAAUAUUUGUAUAAAAGUAGCUUGAAAAGACUCUGUCAUGCAUGUAAAAUUUCACCCAAAGAUGUUUUCAUACUUGUGUUAUAUAGCAUAUAAUGUACGUGUGUAAACAGUUUUGUAUUAUAUGUCAAAUUAUCGGUAAAUUGUGAAAUAUUUUUUAUAUAAUUAUCUUUACUAAUUGAAAAUGUGCUGAUAUUUUUGUAAAUCUGUUUAUAAAAGAUUAUAUAUAUAUAAAUGUUAAAACAUAUCUGGAUUAUUGUUAUCUAUAUUAGAUAUUAUAAAACUUGUUACAACACGAAACCUUUGCAAGUUGAUCCUCACUUAAUUACCACUUUCUAUUAAAAUCUUAUCCUUUGUUAGAAAAGAAAGCUUAUUUUCAGGACUUUGUGUGGUUUUUGUUGUUAUUUAUUGUUGUUAUUUCUCUUCUCUUUUUUUAACUUAUUGUCAUCAAAAAAAAUGAAGUGAAGUUACCUCCAGCAAAACAAUUAUCAUACAACUUUCUUCUCAAUGUCACAUCAGGUCAUCCUAUACAUUAGUCUGAUCAUGCUGAUAAAUAUUUUAGUUUCUUCAUACUUUCUCUUGAGUAAUAUUAGUUCAGGGAAACAUGCAUUCUUCUCUAUACAAUGAUAGAAGCAGAUUUUGUGUUUCUGAACAGUCUAUUCAAAGUUUUAGGAAGCCACUAACAAUAGAAUGCUCAAACUGAAUAGAUGUGCAGGCUGGCCUGACUCUAUACUGGUUGCAUUAGGCUAGUCGUCGUCAGUUGAAGCAGGUGACAAGUUGAAUGUAAUCUGACCAUUAUCAUGUCCUGCUCAAUUUUCGUACUUUUGUUUUCAAAAUCUCUUUUAACCAUAAAGAAAUUGUUCCAGUUACAUAUGACUAUCAUAAAACAAAUUCAUUAUGGCAAAAGUAAAAUUAUUUACAUUCUCAUUCAUCCAUGUCUAUUGUGAUAAUCAAGAGCUUGCAAAACUAUGUUUGUUGGUAACUGGGGGAGGGGGGGUACCAUACUGUUACAAAUCAUACAUGUAUGAAUUUUUUAUGUUCAUAAUGAGUUUUAUGCACUUAAGAAACAUGAAAAGUGGGUGUACAAAACAUAGACAAAAUAAAUUUACAUUAGGAAAAACAUUAGCAUGACAUGUACAUUUAUCAAAGUCUUGUUUUUUGAACGAACUGAGGUGAAAUUAGAAUGGAAAAAAUCAUAUCCGCAAACAGGUUGUGACCAUGUUAUACCAUUUAUAAAUAGAAGUUGUUUUUAUAAUCUUUUAAGUAACAUUGUUUUUGAUUGUAAGUUUUUUUAUUGUCAAUGUCUGUUUCUAUUAAUUAUGCAAUAAAUGCUAGGGUAAUGUUUUCAUUUACCUCUGUCUGUAUUCAGAUGAUUAAAGAGUGCAUGAUUAUAUAAUUAUGAUAUAUCAUUUUAAUAUCUGGUUUCUUAUUGUUUAAUUCUUUGUUAGAUGAUUGUACAUAACAUAUUUUGUUACUUUUACUUAUAAUGUAUAUCUCUUUAAAAGAAUGUUUUAUACAAGAUACACAAAUGUAAUGUGGUCAGAAAUUAUCAGUAAAUAAAGUGAAAUAUAAA